AUGCUCCUGGAGCGGGCGCGAGGGGAGAAAGCCGCCGCCGCCGCCGAGGUGUGCGCCUUCGGGAGGAAUCCAGAGCUCCCGCGCUGCGCCGGCUGCAACCAGCACAUCGCCGACCGCUUCAUCCUGAAGGCGCUGGAGCGCCACUGGCACGGCCGGUGCCUCAAGUGCAGCGACUGCCACGAGCCGCUGGCCGAGAAGUGCUUCAGCCGCGGCGAGCGCCUCUUCUGCCCCGAGGACUUCUUCAAGAGGUUCGGGACCAAGUGCGCCGCCUGCCAGCUGGGCAUCCCGCCCAGCCAGGUGGUCCGGAGGGCGCAGGACUUCGUCUACCACCUGCCCUGCUUCUCCUGCGUGGUGUGCAAGCGGCAGCUGGCCACGGGCGACGAGUUCUACCUGAUGGAGGACAGCCGGCUGGUCUGCAAGGCCGACUACGAGAGCGCCAAGCAAAGAGAGGCCGAAUCCACAGCGAAGAGGCCCCGCACGACAAUCACAGCCAAACAAUUGGAGACCUUGAAAAAUGCUUACAACAACUCGCCUAAACCAGCUCGGCAUGUGAGAGAGCAGCUGUCUUCCGAGACGGGCCUGGAUAUGCGGGUUGUGCAGGUUUGGUUUCAGAACAGAAGAGCUAAAGAAAAACGCUUAAAGAAAGAUGCUGGGAGACAAAGGUGGGGACAGUACUUCAGAAACAUGAAGCGGUCGAGAGGGAACUCCAAGUCUGACAAGGAGGGCGUCCGGGAAGAAGGCCCAGAGAGUGAUGCAGAGGUCUCCUUCACAGAUGAACCAUCAAUAUCAGAGAUAAGCCACUCCAAUGGGAUUUACAGCAACCUUAGUGAAACCCCCCCUGCGCUGGGGAGGCAAGCGGGGGCCAAUGGCAGCUUCUCUUUGGAACACAGCGGCAUCCCAGCUCAGGAGCAAUACCACGACCUCCGAUCCAACAGCCCGUAUGGCACACCCCCGUCGCCAGCCUCUUUGCAAGCGUUGCCUGGCCCCCAGUCCUUGAUGACUGCCUUGGUUUACCCCGACAGCGGCUUGGGUAUCAUAGGCCAAGGGGGACAAGCUGUGCCUCCACCCAUGAGGGUGCUGGGUGGGAAUGGACCCAAUUCAGAUCUCUCCACAGGAAGCAGUGGAGGCUACCCAGAUUUCCCUGCAAGCCCUGCCUCUUGGUUAGAUGAAGUUGACCAUGCUCCAUUUUGA